UCGCCGGCCCCCCCCCCUUUUUUCUGGUUCUAGAUCGGUGCUGCAUAUGCCUCCGUCGCCAGCUUUCUCUGGUGUCGCGCAGUCUACCUGGUCCCGUGUGUGGCCAUCACUCAGGGUUACCGGAGACGUAGUUGAACCGCCUGUCCUAGCUGCUAGCUGGGGGCCUGCACCCGCGCGCCCAAACCAGCCUGCAUUAGACUAACCCACGGCUCCGGCAAGCCUGCUCCUACUUCUAUAUCCUUUCACUUUCCCGUACCUGACGCCCGAGCCAUUGUCACACCCGUUAACACGGCGAUCGACCUCGGACCCUUGCACCUGAAUGACGUGGGUCCUCUUCCUGCAACCACUAUCCUCACCAGUCUUCCAUCAUUGCCACCACUUUCUCUUGCCCUCUCCCUGACUGCGCGGUCUCUCCCCCCUCGUCCCUCACAAGACAUGUCUGGAUACUACCCCCCGCCAGGCCACAGCAUCCCGCCCCAAUACUACAACAUCGACCAAAACUCGAUCCCCAACAAUAACAACAACGGUAAUAGCAACAACAAUAACAUUCAGCAUGCCCCGCAGACGGUGAUCGGACAUGGCUCCUAUCCCAUGGCCAUGCCAGACAACCCCUUCCAGCCAGGAGCUUCCGGUCCUUUCAUGCAAUACGAAAACAUUGGCCAGCCCAGUUAUCCUGAUCAAUAUGAUGAUGCAUCUGGCCCCAUCGGCUCAGUCCAUGCCGCCAACAGUCGCGCGCGUCGCCGACCGGCGCCUGGCGAGCAAGUAAAGCACCGCAGAACACGGAGCGGAUGCUUUACCUGCAGGCAGCGGAGAGUCAAGUGUGACGAAAACCAUCCCGUCUGCGAGAGGUGUCACAAGGGAGGUCGCGAAUGCAUCUAUCCCGACUCACAAUCCAGUCAGAAAUCUACCCGCAGCGGCUCCAAAUCUGCAAAGUCUUCCUCUGCCGACAACAUCUCGUCACCCGAGGACCGUGAAGAAGAUGCCAAAGAACGUCUGCCUUCCAUAAGGGAUGAAGAUGAGGAAGAAGACUACGUCGACUAUGACGACGACGAUACGUCAAGAAGCCAAGACAACCGCGACUCGUCUUACACCCCUGGCUCGAACCUCGACCAGAGUGUCUCCCCAUCGACCGAGGCCUCAUCUACUGUCCCGCCCAUUGUACGGCCAUCACUGUCCCGGAAAGGAAGUGCGCAACCCGCGAAGCCCGCCCAGGGCUCGACCCAAGACCUCCAGUUCUAUCUCAACUACUUCCGCAACCACAUGAGUGUCCAUCACUACUCGCUCAAGCGCGACACACGUGGCUGGCUCAAAGGCGAUUUUAUGCAUUGGGUUAUGAGAUUUGAGCCUCUCAAAUAUGCCGUUGCGGGAUAUGCUGCAUAUUUCCAUACCCUAUCCCAGCCUGACGGUCGCAUAUCGACGUUCCUUCAGUUCUAUAAUGAGUCGGUCUCGCGCUUGCGCAUGGCAAUUGAGAAGAACAAGAAGCAGGGUCUUGCUACUUUCUUGACCAUAUUGCAGCUGGCAAGCAUAGAGGAAAUGCUUGGUGACUGGGUCAAUCUCAUGGGCCACCAGAAAGCUGCAUUUGACAUGCUCACACGCCUCUUUACACCACAGAGCAUCACAAAGUCGGAUUUCCUGUCCAAGGUACUUCUUUGGUACAUUCGAUUCGAUCUAUUCGUUGGCUUCCAAUCGGGCGGAGAGGCAACAUUAGGCCGGGAAUGGUACGAGGCUGCCCACGAAUCAUACGUUCAAAAAGUCAAAGAAAGCCCAGACGACCUGGGGAUGCAAUACGAAGAGCGCUUUGCGUAUUCCCGGCUGGUAGCAAAGGACUCGAACGAUCUUUUCGCAAGGACCAGUAAAGGACUGGUCAGUCCUCAAGAAUUCAUGGCUCAAUUGCCCGCGCUUCAAGAAAGAAUGGAAUCCUUGCCGAAAAGCAUUCCCCAGGUUUUGCUAGAUCCAAGUCACAAGGUUCAUAGCAUCCCUGGAACCCCAGAUUCCGACGACAUCACCAAUCCUUACGAACCAGACAUCAUUUGGGGUGGGCCAUUGUGGACGACAAAUUUCUUAUUCAUGGACAUAUGGGGCCUCCAGUUCAUGUACGCCAUAUCGUCGUCGAUGGCGUUGAAGCAGCCCAUAGAUCCCGAGUACAAUAAAUUGGCGUAUCAGGCAGUACAGAUGUUUGAGGCCAUGUGCGCCUAUCCAGACGCUCCUCCAGGCGCCCUACUAGAGGCUCAAGUCAGCUUUGCAAUUGCCGUCUUGUUUCUGCCCAAGGACCAAAAGACCAUGCAGUGGAUUCGUCGGGCGUUUACCAAGAUUGAAGCAUCAGGAUACAUCUACUCUGACGUUCUCCGUAACCGUAUGCUUGAAUCCAUGGGGGCCCCGCCAUCAGAUUGGUGGCUCCCUGACGACGAAGGGUGCCCCCCUAUCAUUCGCUCAAUCAAGGACUUUAUCAAGGACCGCACACAGGCGCCAAAAGAUCAAGUCUCCGAGGACUUGCGCGAGAUGCGCGGCAUUUUCAAUUCGCUCACCAUAUCCGACUCGCCGACGUCUGACAACAUGACGGUCACGAGUACCGACGGCUUGGGCUCUGCAUACGGUUCUCCAGAUUGGCAUUCGGGCUACGGAAGUGAUCGGAAGUCGUCCAUCGCGGAGAGUUACUCGCCUGUUGUACCAAGGCAAUACUCUGUACAGUAACGUGGCUUACUCGCAUGAAGCUACCUGCGCUAUGAAGACGCUUGCAAUGAAGUAAUUGGGAGGCGCAUGUUUUGUUGGUACCAAAAGACGCUUAUCGGUCUGCCCAUGUCUCUUGAUGCAGCGCCUGUGUAUAUCGCAAUAAAGGACAUGUUCUACCUGAAACACUCUACUCUUCUGGUCUUUCCGGAGUUGU